GCUGAUCGUAGCGUGCACGUUUUAAAUUAAAAGCAGACCAUUUGUAUUACUAUUUAACGAAUUUUCACUCGAAAUGCAAACAGAAGGCAAUGCAAAACGUAAGCGACCGAAGAAGAAAGGCAAUCGCUUCAUGCGCAACGCUAAGGGCUUUGCCAAGCAGGGAAUCUUUGGCCGAGGGACGCACAUAGACGAUGAGCAGUUUAGCUACUUCAUCAACAUUCUGGACGCCAUGAAGGCUGGCUUCGAGGAUGUGGAGGAGCGCGUAAACAUGGCCAACAAUGUGUUUGAGCAGACAAGAGAGCAGGAGAUCCACUUGGCCUCCAAUCAAAUUGUAUCCAAAGCACUGGAAUCGCUCAUUGGAUUCGUGGACAGCGAACAGCUGGAGCGAUACUUCAACACAUUUGGAGACAGUCUGCGUCCCUUGUGCUCGGACAGAUUUGCCUCGCACGUGCUGCAGAAGAUGCUUGAAAUUGCCUUUUUGCGCGGCCUGGGCAAGGCAGCUGCCCAGGAGGUCAGCGACGCUCCGACCACGGCAAAGAAGGCCAAGCCAGAUGCUGCACAAAUCGAAGAGGAGUACAAUUUGGAAACAGAAUUCAGCGAGGACCAUCGCGAGAAGUGUCGCCAGUUCGUGGUGCGCAUCUCAAAGUUUAUGUUGAACAAUUUGGAGGAUUUCGUGUGGGACACGUGUGCCAGUCACAUCAUGAGGACGGCUAUACUGUGCCUAGUGGGCAUGCAUGUUCCCAAAAUAGCCUUCGAAAAGGGAGGCGCUGAGAUGGCCAAGCAUCGCAAGCUGUACACCGUGCCCGAGGACUGGCAUGAGGUGAUGAAAGAGUUUCCCCAGCGCCUGGAGAUGUGGCCACAGUUCGUGGACUUCCCCUACCAGGAGCACUCGUCUGCCCUCCUGGGCGUCAUCUGCCUGGCCCUGAGUGUGGCCGACAAGAGUUUGCUGAAGCAUUUUGGCAAGAAAAUUUUGGUGCAGAGCCUGCUGAAGCCCAACGAAGAGAAUGAAAAUGAUGAGGAGAAAAAGGACACAAAAAUCGAAAUCAAAGACGAUGACGAAGAGGAGAAGGAGAAGGAGGCUACCCCAACGGAAGAGAAAGAGCAGAGCGCGGAGAAGCCAGCCGAGGAUGCGCCAGUGCUGCCGAAAGUCUUUCACCAUCAGAGCGCCGUCAUCCUGCUGGAGACCAUUCUGAGCGUGGCGGGUGCCAAGCUGCUGACCCAACUCUAUGCGAUGCUGUUCAGUGGCCGUGUCGGCUACCUCGCCAAGCAGCAAGGGACAAACUUUGCCGUGCAGCGACUGCUCCAGCACAUAAAGGAGGUGACAGACUUUGAGGCCGUCUUCACAGAGCUUCAGCCGCAAGUGGAGGAGCUGCUCAAAAUGGGCUACACUGGCGUGGUGUCUGCCCUGAGUGCCGCCUGCCUGCGACUGGGCGCCAAGCAGGCACAGAUGAUAGCCGUUCUACAGAGCUCGCUGCAUGUCAGCGGCGGCGACAAGGAGAAGGCCAAAUUGUUCUUCAAUUGCCUCAUCAAACUGAAACCCUCCGAGGUGCUGGCCAGCGAUGAGUCGGGAUUCGUGCACCUCCAUGGCUCACUGAUUGCACAGCAUGUGCUGCAGUUCAACAAACCGAUUUUCCUGGUCAACUGCAUCCUCGAUCUGCCAGCGGCCCAACUGGCGCAGAUCUUCAACACACCCAACGGCUCCCACAUAGUCGAUGCCUUCAUGCAGAGCAAGUUCAUAGGCGAAAAGUCGCGUGAGCGGCUUAUCCGACAGCUGGAUGGCUUCUAUGUGGACUUGGCCAUUACCCGCCAUGGAUCACGAGUGCUCGAGGAAUGCUUCAAGGCCUCACAGGAGGCGCAACAGCUGCGCAUAGCCAAGGAGCUCACCGCGAAGUCAAACAUGCUCAAGGGUUCGCCUUUCGGGCGUCUUCUCUACGCCAAGUAUCGCCUGGAAACGUACAACCUCUCGCCCACGCAGUGGCAGGCGAGCCUGGCCAAGCAGCUGGAGCCAGAGCUGCCGGGCGCCAAACGGAUGCCAGCCAAGACAGCAGCUGAAGCGUUUAAGGAUAUACUAAGCUAGGACCUUGACCUGUUGA